ACUUUUCGGAGUUCCUUUAUUUCAGCAGGCUGUCUGGGGUUGCAGAGUGCUUGCACAAUUCUGCAUUAGCAGCAGAGUUCAGCUUUCACGUCCUGACAGGUUGAAGUGGCUUUUUCUGUAUGCACCCAGUGAGAACAGGUGGAGUGACAAGAGGAUCAAGCAAUGGAGGUCAGAAAACUUAAGCUCUAGCAACAAAAAGAGACAGAAAGAAAGACAGAGAAAAAGAGAGAGAAAGCCAGAGAGGCAACUCCUCAGCCAUGAAUCGCAGAGACAGUAAGAGAAAGUCUCGUUUGGAGUGCCCAAGUCCACAAGUGGGUGUAGCAGGUGUAAGGAAAGAUGGUCGUCGGAAUGUACGUCGGAGGAUGACUUGCCCAAGUCCACAGGAGAUCAGCAAGGCCAAGGAGAUGAUGUCUACCAUGGGGACUCUGACAAAGAGUGCCAGCCUGGAGGAGCUGAUUGAACGCUGCAUUCACUGCUUUGACUUGGAAGGCAAACUUUAUUGCAGAAGUUUCAUUGUAAACAUGACCCUGAUGAUGCAUUGCUGGGUGGUUCCAUCUUCUGUUUUCGCUAACAAACUGCUCAACAUAUACCGAGACUGUCCUGCAGAGCGAAAGGACCAUGUUCGACCUCGGAUCUGUUUCUUCAUCCGGUACUGGAUCACACACUUCUCAGCUUCUUUCAAAGGAGAUGUGGAGCUGGAAGGAGUGAUGGCUGACUUUUGGGAGAUGGUGAAGACUGAGGGAGAGGAGAAACACUGUCAACUGAUCGACAUCUCAAACAUAUCAACACAUGACUGGAACCGCAAAUUUACUCUUCAGAACACACCCAACUGUGGAAAGAAGAGAAAAGUGUCCCUUCUCUUUGACCAUCUGGAGCCUGGCGAGCUUGCAGAACAUUUAAGUUAUUUGGAAUUCAAGAAUUUCUGCCGCCUUACGUAUUUGGACUACAGGAGUUAUGUGGUGAAUAGCUCUGUUCGUGGGAACCCAGCUUUAGAAAGGUCUGUGGCACUGUGCAAUGGGAUCUCACAGUGGGUUCAGCUGAUGAUCCUAAAUCGACAUACACCCCAGCAGCGAGCAGAAGUGUUUACAAAGUUCAUCCACGUUGCACAGAAGCUUCGCCUAUUACAGAACUUCAAUACCCUCAUGGCUGUCAUUGGAGGUCUUUGCCACAGUUCCAUUUCACGGCUCAAGGAAACUACUAGCUACCUCAGCCAGGAAGUGACAAAGACUUUGAAUGAGAUGACAGAUCUGCUCUCUUCUCAUAGCAAUUUUAGUAUAUAUAGAAGGGUAUACAAUGAAUGCUCUGGGUUCAAGAUUCCCAUUUUAGGAGUACAUCUAAAAGACCUAGUAUCUCUAAAUGAAGCCUUGCCAGAUUACUUAGAGGACACCAAAAUCAACUUAAGCAAGCUACAGCACUUGUACAACAACCUGAGUGAACUUCUUCAGAUCCAGACUGCCACUCCUCCUUUUGAAGCCAACAAGGACCUAGUCCACCUUCUUACGCUUUCUUUGGAUCUAUACUAUACUGAGGAUGAAAUCUAUGAACUCUCCUACACAAAAGAGCCCAGGAACCCAAAAAUCCAGCCUGCUAUUCCCACCAAACCCCCUGUGUUUGUAGACUGGGCUUCAGGAGUGGCACCAAGACAUGAUCCAGCAGUCAUCUCCAAGCAUGUGAAACAAAUGGUGGAGUCAGUCAUAAAGAACUAUGACCACAACCACGAUGGCUUCAUUUCUCAGGAGGACUUUGAGAAGAUUGCAGCAAGCUUCCCAUUUUCCUUUUGCACGUAUGACAGAGAGCGUGAAGGCUUGAUGAGUCGUGAUGAAAUCACUUCUUAUUUUAUGCGAGGUAUUUCCAUCUGCUCUAAACUAGGAUUACUGCACAACUUCCAGGAGACCACUUAUAAGAAGCCAACUUUCUGUGAUACCUGUAAUGGCUUUCUUUGGGGUGUCAUUAAGCAGGGCUAUCGUUGUCGAGAGUGUGGUGUGAACUGUCACAGGCAGUGCAAGGAUCAGGUUUCCCUUGAAUGUAAGAAGAAAUUCAAAGUGUCCACCAGUGACAGCUCCUUCCAUUCCUGUCCAUCCACUCCUGCACCCGAAUCUAGCCACAAGAGUCAUGGCUGGAGUUCCGAAGAAGAAAAUAUCUUUUUCCCUCAUGGGGAUGGAGUGGAACAGACAGAGGAGCCUCGAUGCCACCAACCUAUUUUACUAGCAAGCUCCACACACAAAAUCUCAAUCCCCGUGCUUGUCCAGACUUUGGAACACAGCACCCAAACAGAACCUGGCAGAUGGACCCCAACAGACCAGCAAUCCCUGGACCAGGACAAAAUUUUGAAGGAGCUACAAGUAGCACAACAGGUCAUAAACCAACUCACCCAGGAGAGGGACACAUUACACAGAACCCUUUCCUGUCUACAGAAGGAAGUGGAGGAGCUGAGGUCAAGCAGGCCACCGUUAAUCCCUGAGACACCUGUUUCACUUGUACUGAAGAUGGAUGCAUUGCAUUUGCGCAGAAGUUCUCAAAGCUGAGAAGAAAAAGAUUUUCCCCAAAAGUAACAGUACAGAGCCUUUUGAGCAAAGUGAAACAUUCAGUUAUCCUAAAUCCAAGCCUCAUUCCUCUAUAGACAAGGACCACAAUUUUCUGUUUUGUCAUAACUCCAUUUGAUUGUCACAUUUUCAGAUCUUCGCAUAUGCAGAUGUCAGUUUGGCUGGUGACUUUCUGAACUAUCUUUUGCUAUGCAGUGGUACUCCUGUUCAACUACAAUGAAGGUGAUGAUUCUGCAAAAUAAAACAUCUGGAAUAAGA